AUGUUCCCGGUGGCUAGGGCUGCUCUGAACCUCACUGCUCGUAGCAUUCAGCGUACUGCGGUAAGACAAGCUCAUCGCAAAUAUGAGCCUGACUUCCAUGAUAAAUAUGGAAACCUGGUACUCCUUGGUGGAGCCGUAGUUUUUACUGCUGUCUGGGGAUAUGUGUUUACACAAGCUGGAAUUGAGUGGGGCUUGUCACCUGUGGGCAGAGUCACUCCAAAAGAGUGGAGGGAGUAA